AUGGAUCUCUUCUCCUUAAUUCUCGUUUUUUGGAACUUCCACAUCCUUAUACUACAAACAUGUGCCUCCUUAACACGGUUUCCUGCUCCCCAUGCUCCUAUGCUAGCGCCCCAGGAGCCUCUUCAAGAAACGCAGGAGCAACCGGAGCAGCCAGAGCAACAGGAGAAAAAAGGAGGACCGAAUGCUGACUGUCCGCUCCUCCAACUGCCAGUAGAAUUGAUGUUCAUAAUUGCCGAACAACUUCCUCCGUCUGACCGACCCGUAUUCUCCCAGGCUUGCCGCGCAUUGCGAGGUACUCUAGGCGACGGCUUAGCUGCCCAUUUGUCGGGCGAGGAGUAUUGCGAAUACCUUGCGCUUGUAGCUCGUGGGAAGCCUAAUCAUUGGGUUUGCGAGGCGUGCCUGAGGCUCCAUCCAAUUACUGAAUUAGACACGCCUCAUGACCCAUGGCGUCUGUCUUGUCCUCUUGGAUGGGACGACUGGCGCCAGAAUGCCUACGGGCAAAACUGGUACCCACUCAGUAGGCGCCUUUUCCGUGCUGACCACCGCCAUAUCCAACUUACAUUGAAAUAUGUGCGUCUGAACAUCCGUUCUCACAUGGGUUAUCUCGCCAGGCUACUCAAGCCAAUACACUACAACACAUCCCGGGAAUGCACGCGGUUGGGCGUUAGACCAUACACACUUUCGAGGACAUAUACGGCUACCCCCAAAAUCGUGUUGGGGGACGACGGAAUUUCGAGAUACCUGCUGCAAUCCAAAUGGCAUUUCCCAGACAGUUUCCCGAGAAUGUGCGCCGAAACUGUAGGGGAUCUGACUAUAUGCUCCCAUUGUAAUCUCCGUUUUCAUACAAGGGGUUUUCCAGUCUCUGGAGUAGCCACUCUUGAGAUGGUCCUCGAUUUUCCCAUGUGGCUUCAUGGAGGUCGAGACAUGCCGAGAAUAUUCCAUUGUAUUCAUUGCCGCACCGAUUUCCGUGUGACGAAAUCCUUUAACGAUAUCACGAUCUUUGCUUGGCGGGACUUCGGGCCUGAGUGCUCUCCCCUUAAUACAAUUUGGAGGGCGCACGUAUCGAACCCAGGGCAAAGGCCGGUGGGCUGGCAUGUCGAGCAUAUGCCUGGGAGUAUUGAAAUUCUCUAUAAGAGUAGAGGAUGCGAAGGGCGGAAAUUGCUCGGUUGA